AUGUAUCUUAAAGUUUUUUAUGAUUGUGAAGUCUUUUAUGGAAGAGUUAGAAGCCUCAUUGGUUAUGUUGCCUAUGAAAGAAACAUCUGCAUGUAUAAGAUUCAAAGCUUUAUUCCAAUGCAAGAUAUGGUUAUGGAAUCUAGCUUGGUUUCUAUAGUUCCAUAUCAUGUUAAUGGUUGUUGUUGUUGUUGUUAUAGAAGCUUGCACCUCCACCUUGUAUUGACUGCUCCAAUUCCCGUCAUUCAACAACAUAAUGUCCAAAACAUUGUGCCUAAUUGGUAUCCCCAGAGUGGAGAAGAACCAAUGCCAAAGCUUGAGGGAAAAGGGACAGAGGAAGAAUAA